AGCGACGGAGUGCAGUGCUCUUUUUUGUUUUUCACCCUGUCUACCUCUAGGCUGCGGGUAUUUGCAGACUCAGCUGACAAUUUGCCACAGGGAAUGAAGUAGAAUAAAUUCACAAAUCUACUAUGGAAACUGUAUAAAUAUGGCCUGAUGUCAGCAUGCCACGAAUCAAUCAGGCUGUUGACUAGCACUCGAACCAACUCGAUCCUCGGUAUCAGGAUGUCUACUCGGAUCCCAAUCCUCGUACUUGGUGCCACAGGGUAUAUUGGCGGCUCUGUGCUUGCCCGUCUUCUUGCUCACUCCGACCGGGAUGAAUUUGAUAUCACCGCGCUAGUACGCUCGCCUCGAAACGCGGCACGUCUGGAUUCAUUCGGUAUAACCACGGUAAUUGGGACGUUGGAGGAAGCCGGCAAGCUUGAGGUGCUCGCUUCCCAGGCUCAUGUUGUUUUCUCAAUGGCUGAUGCAAAGAACCUUCGUGCUAUCCAAGCUAUAUUACGAGGCUUGAGGAAGAGACGUGAAGAUACUGGCGAUCUGCCUCUUUUGAUACACAACUCAGGUACCGCUUGUUUGAAUGACGAUGCUAGAGGCAUGUAUAGCUCAGAUGUCAUUUAUGAUGACAUGAAGCCUGAGCAAAUCGAGGCUUUGCCCUCGAGCCAGCCUCAUCGUCAAGUUGACAUGGCUAUCGUAGAGGCCGACCAGCGAGGUUACCUGCGUUCCUACAUCAUUCUUCCCAGCUCUGUUUAUGGUAUUGUUUCUGGACCUCUCGUCAACGCUCGUGUCCAGAAUCCGUACGCCCGCCUCAUGCCCCACUUCAUCCGCUGUGCUCUCGAUCGUGGCCAAGUCGGUAUGGUCGGUAACGGGGUAUCUACCUGGAACAAUGUUGAGAUUGGCGAGCUUACUGAUCUCUACAUGAUACUCCUUGAGACCCUUCUGGCCGAGCCCGAGAAGGCCGGGCAUGGAAGCGAAGGCUAUUACUUUGCGGAGAACGGAGAACAUACGUGGUGCGAGUUAUCUAGAGCAAUAGGUGUUGCACUGAGGCAACUCGGUAUCUCCAAGAACAUUGAGCCCACUUCUUUGAACGAAGAAGAGGUUGCCAAGUAUGGCGGUACUUUGGAGGGAGGGUAUGCUUUGGGUACAAACGCGAGAUGUCGUGCCAAUCGCGCUAGGGCUCUAGGGUGGAGGCCUACUAAGACGACCAACGACAUGUUGGAUAGCUUGAAGGCUCAGUCUCAGGCUCUCAUCAUGGAGCAGCAGGCCAAACAACAGAUGAUGAUGUAGUCCACUAGAUGUUCUGGAUCAGGGCUCCGUAGACCCGUUCUUCAUUAUCGCUAAGGGUUUCUGUGUACUAUAUGUUCUGCUUCUUGUUCUGAUAUAUAAGCACCCUAGCCAAGCAUAUUCUGACCUCAUUCAACAUC